AUGGGAGACCAUGACGAUGAUGUGAAAAGUGAGCUCGAGAAAUUUUACUGCCCACCGGUAGACUCCGCCUUGUUCGCCGCAAUCGUCGCAGAUUAUGACCUCGCCAAAUCCGAAGAUGUCCAAACAAUGCGCCAGACCCUGGAUUCGAUAAAGGAACUGGCAGUGCAGCAAGAGGAUCUCCCCUUCGAUCCAUCAGGAACAGCCAACGACCAGGUCGACGCUACCGAGGUGGGGGGACACUCCUCUGACUUUGAUUUAUCGAAUCUGGGUCAAGAUGAACUUCGGACCAUGACCGAUGCUACCAGUCAGACAUCACACUGUUUUGGAGGCGGGAGUAAUGACAACAGCUUCAAGUUUCGAUCCACAUCGGGCACCACAUAUACCAUUGCAGCUGAUGGGUCCGUUCAGCUUUCAGGGGGGACAGAGGAAAGCAAGCUCGCCUUACUCAAAGAGAUGUUUCCAGGCAUUUCCGUGUUCGACGUUAGUCAGGUUUUGAAGAAAAGUAAUGGAGACAUGGAGAAAUCCAUGGACGUCUUAUUGAACCAAUCUUUCUUCGAUGAGACCCAGACAGCUGAAGAUCAUGUUGUUGUACCUAAAGGACUUGACGGAUUUGUCGAUGAGAUCCCUGAUAUUGGCCCAUCUGCCUACACGGCAAACCAAAGAUCCCUCUCCGCAACCAUUAAAGCCCUGGCUUUGGCUGAAGCCCCAAAUGAAAAUGCCGAGAUCGACGGAGAUAUUGUCCUACGGCAACAGGUCAAUGAGCUUGCUCGAGAUUAUUCCAAUAUUCCCACGGCCACACUUGCAGGAUUGCUCAGAAUCACCCAGAAUCUCAUCUCUGCAGCAACUGAAUUGGCAGCAGAGAUGGUUCGUCAACCAUCAUUAAUCAAUAUCUCUGAAAUUGUGACAAUCCAAGCACCUGCAUUGAACCUGGACAAUGAGGUUGAUCAGGUUGCUGGAUCCCGAAGUCGAGGCCACGGGAGCAUCCCGAGCACUCGCGGAUUUGAGGAAGAAACUGCCGCCGCGAACAUUCAUUUUGCCAGGAGAAUGGCUGCGAACGCACAGGCAGCCCAAGCCGCUCGCAAAGCCAAAUCCAACCCCUUAUAUGGCGGUGCUUCAGCAGUCUACCGGCAGCGGGCUCAGGAAGAACGUGACCUUGCAAUGCGACAUCAAGCUGCCGCGUCGGAUCGACUUGUGGAUCAAAAUUCCUUGAACGGGGAUCUUGAUCUACACGGAUGUACAGUUCCCCAGGCGGUUCGCAUCGCCCACGAUCGUGUCGAGGCCUGGUGGGAUAGUCUGGGUGAUACCAAGCAUAUCCGCGGUGGUGGCAAACAUGUCCACGGUGGUUAUAAGAUCAUUACGGGUGUUGGACUUCAUAGUCGUGAUGGCACUUCGCGCCUUGGCCCUGCUGUUAGUAGGGCAUUGAUCAGUGCAGGCUGGAGAGUGGAGAUUGGGAGAGGCUUCAUUACUGUCAUCGGAGUGGAGCGAGGAUGA